AUGAACACUUGCCCAGGCUGUGCUAAAAACUUCGAGCAUACUGGAUAUGCUCAUCACCUAGCCCAGACCAUAAAUCCAUCAUGCGCCGCUCAACUACAACUUUCUGGUCUUUUUCCAGAGUCGAGCGAUAACGAUUCUGAUGGUCUUGCAGAGGAUGGAGAUACUGACAGUCUCAAUGGAGGAGAUGCAGAAUUUACAGGAGACUACUUUGGCUACUACGAUGAACAAGAUCUGGAAUGGCCAGACGAUAACCACGAUGAGCUCCCCUUGGAAUCUGAUGGAGAGGAUGAAGAGUAUCAUGACACAGCGCUUGAGCAUGGGUGGGAACGCCCUGCAGAUCCUGUCCAGCAGGAUAUCAAUGGUGGGGAUGAUUUUGAAAACUUGGACAACUCGGACACACUGUCACAAUCACUCCCAGCCAAACGACAAGAAGCAGAGGUGCCCCUUGGUCACCAGCCCAUUGUUGAGAAAUUUCCAAGGCGCCAUGCAGGUGCUCCAGUCCACCACUCCCGCACUACAGCUUUCGAGUCUUAUAAGAAUGUACUGCAAGGUGCAGAAAACAUUUGGGCCCCCUUCGUGUCUCGCACAGAUUACGAGGUCGCAAAGUGGGCAAAACUUCGUAGUUCUGGCUCAACUGCUUUUCCGAGCUGCUCGCAAUCGAUGCUUUGUGAAGCCUUGGGUCUUUCAUACCAGAACUCCCGUGAACUCAAUCAAAUUAUCGACCGACAGUUACCAUGUCAACGACCGCGUUUCAAACACGAAGAAAUUAUUGUUGCAGACGAGGCAUUUGAUGUUUACUCGCGCUGUCUUGUUACUUAA